GCCAUUAAGGCCAGAGAAGUUUUCACUGGUGUUACGGCACCUGGCGGCUCCUCUGGAGGAGCUAAAGGCAACGUAGUUAAAGCAGAUACCACUGGCACUGUAAUCGUUCUUCCUUCUGCAUCAGUCAUCAUGGCUAGAGCUGAUAUCACUGGUGUCAUGACUCUUGCUGGCUCCGGUAGGGAAAUAUCGGUUGGAGUCAAUGCCGAGAUUACAGGUGCCGUUGUCGGCGUGGAUCCCUCGGCAUCAGUUGAAGGUAGCGAGAUUAGAGAUGCAAUCACAGGUGUCAUAGCUUUUGCUGAGCCUUCAAAACUCAUCGCGGAAGUUGAAGGUGUUGUCAUGCUUGAGAUCGUGGGUCUUGUCACGCUGAUUGGUGCACGGUUUUCAGAUGUAGUGGCAGGAAGCGAUGUUGAAGUUGUGGUUGGCUGUUUCUUGGCAGCACGGAAGUUCGGGAUUAGUAUCGCUUCCUCGAAAGACUUGCAAAUUGAAGUUUCUUAA